AUGUCUAAACCUGCAAAAUUCAUCUCAGAAGGAGGAUCAUCAACUAGACCACCUCUUUUUGAAGGAAAUGACUACUACUACUGGAAAGACAAGAUGGAAUUGUUUCUUAGGUCACAAGAUAUCAACAUGUGGGCUGUAGUAGAAGUUGGAGACUAUGCUCCACUGGUCAAAGAUUCAUUCACACCAAAACCACAGCUUGAGUGGACAACUCAAGAAUCUGACAGGGUACUACUAAACACUAAAGCUCAAUUAUUUAUUAAAAGUGCUUUGUGCAGGGAAGAAUAUGACAAGAUCAUGGAAUGCAAGACGGCCAAAGAAAUGUGGACCACUCUUCAAACACACCAUGAAGGAACCAGCCACAUAAAAGAAACAAGGAUUGACAUAGGAGAACGAAAGUUUGAACUGUUUGAAAUGAAUAACAGUGAAACUAUAGAUCAAAUGUAUGGACGGUUUACAGUCAUCAUAAAUGAGCUAAAUUCUCUUGGUAAAAAAUAUACCACACAUGAGAGAAUAAGAAAGCUACUAAGAUGUCUACCAGAAGAAUGGAGACACAUAGUAACUGCAAUAACUAUAGCAAAAUAUCUCAAAACAAUGGAUCUGGAAGAUUUCAUUGGAUCUUUAAAAGCUCAUGAAGAAAUACUUCAAGAGAAGAAACCAGCAAAGAACAAAAUGAUUGCUCUAGAAUCACAAGUAGAAGAAAACUUAAAAAGGGAAAUAACAUGUGAUGAAGAGAAUCCUCUUCAACAAGAUGAUGAAGAAGAAAUGGCUUUUCUCUCAAGAAGAAUCCAAAAGCUAAUGAUGAGAAGAAAUCAAAUCAAAAGAUCAUUCCCAUCAAGAAGAAAUGAAACUGACUUAAGUCAAGUAAAAUGCUACGGAUGCAAUCAAACUGGACAUUACAAAAAUGAAUGUCCAAAGCUAAGGCAAAGAAAACCUCCCUACAACAAAUCCAUGAUGGCUACAUGGGACGAUCUAGAAGAAUUACCAGAAGAAGAAGAAGCAAAUGUUUGCCUAAUGACCAGAACUGACUUUGAUGAGGUAAACCUUGAACCUUGUUCAUCAUGCAUGAAAACUGAAAAAUUAUUUGAUAAUCUCUUAUAUGAUUCACAAAUUACUGCUCAAAAAUAUGAUCAACUUAAAAUUGAACUUACUAGAGUAAUUCAAGAAAAAGAUGAAUAUAAAACUAAAAAUAAAAUUUUAGAAGAAACUUUGGAAAAAGCUCAGCAUGAUCUAGAUAAAGUUUAUAAGUUAAAAGAAAACUUAGAACUAAAACAAAGUGUUUCAGUUUUAGAAAAAGACAUAACCAAAUGUGUGAAAGCUACUGAAACUUUUGAAAAUAUUAUAGGAGUUCAACAAAGAGUUGUUGAUAAAAAUGGAAUAGUCAAGAAAAAGCCAUGGUACUUGGACAGUGGCUGCUCGAGGCACAUGACCGGAGACAGACACAGCUUCCUUUCCCUUGAGGAAAAGGAAGGAGGAACCGUUACCUUUGGUAAUAAUGAAAAAGCUAGUAUCAAAGAGGGUCUAGAACAUAACUUAAUAAGUAUUAGUCAACUGUGUGAUAAUGGUCUUGAAGUAAUUUUUAAAACUCAUACAUGUGAAAUUAAACAAAUAUCUACUGGAAAAACUCUUUUUAAUGGAUCAAGAAAAAAGAAUGUAUAUGUCAUAUAUCUAGAUGAACUGCCGUCAUGUUUUGUAUCUCUUGAAAAGGAUAAAUGGAUUUGGCACAAAAGGGCAGGACAUGUAAAUAUGAGGACAAUUGCAAAACUUUCUCAACUUGAUCUAGUAAGAGGAUUACCAAAGAUAAGUUUUGACAAAGAUAAAUUAUGUGAAAGUUGUACAAAGGGAAAACAAACCAAAAGUAGUUUUAAACCUAAAGACUUUAUUUCAACUAAAAGACCUCUUGAAUUACUUCACAUAGAUUUGUUUGGACCUGUCAAAACUACUAGUCUAGGUGGUAAAAAUUAUGGCUUUGUUAUUGUUGAUGACUACUCUAGAUACACAUGGGUUUUGUUUUUAAAAAAUAAUCUAGGAAAAUUUGACUCUAAAUCUGAUAAAGGAAUUUUCUUAGGAUACUCUCUAACCUCUAAAGCAUAUAGAGUUUAUAAUCUAAAAUCAAAAUCUUUAGAAGAAAGCAUGCAUGUAAAAUUUGAUGAAUUUGAUGAUAUAUCAUGUGUAAGAGAAAUAGAUGAUGAAGAUGAGCAAAACUCAUCAAAAGAACAAGUUAUAGAACAGGAAUCACCACCACAAGAACCUCCUAGAACUUGGAAGGUUGUAAGCAAUCACCCUCAAGAACAAAUAAUAGGUGACACUGCAGAAGGUGUAAGAACCAGAAGAUCAUUUCAAGUUGAUGAGAACAAUCUAGCUAUGAUCUCUCAAAUUGAGCCAAAAUCCAUAGAAGAAGCAAUCACUGAUGAAUCAUGGAUAAUUGCUAUGAAAGAAGAACUUUCACAAUUUGAGAAGAAUGAAGUUUGGAAGCUAGUACCAGAUCCUUUAGACCAUUCUAUCAUUGGAACUAGACGAGUCUUCAGAAACAAAAUGGAUGAAAAUGGUAAGGUAAUUCGCAGCAAAGCAAGACUUGUUGCUCAAGGUUAUAAUCAACAAGAAGGUAUAGACUAUGAUGAAACAUUUGCACCAGUAGCAAGGUUAGAAGCAAUAAGAAUCUUACUUGCAUAUGCAUCUCAUAAAUGUUUUAAACUUUUUCAAAUGGACGUAAAAAGUGCUUUUUGUAACGCCCCAAAAUUCUAG